AUGACGAUCACGAGAUUUUUCAAGGCUAUUCCAACUUCUCCAAGUUCCGGUACUAGCUCUCCUUUUCCAAGUACUUCUCCAUGUCCAAUUAUUCAUGAUAAUAUUAAGCCUUCAACAGAAUUAAACAAAGAUGAAAUGUUGAAUUUGGAUCUUAAACCUGAUCCUGCUGAAAGAAAGCAAAUCUCAGAAUAUUCUCCUAAUCUGCGUGACCGAUCUGAGAAAGCUAAAAGUGAGUAUCGACUUCGAUUGACUACUUCGAUUGAUGUGGCCAGAUUUCUCAUAAAACAAGGAAUGCCUUUUCGAGGCCACAAUGAAGGUGGAACAUCUACAAAAAGAGGAAACUUUCUAGAACUCUUGCAAUGUGCAAAAGAAACAAUGAAAGCUAUUGUUAAAGAGAUGAAUGGAGAUUAUUUCGGAAUAUUGGUUGAUGAAUCUAAGGAUGUCUCUCAUAAGGAACAAAUGUCUCUUGCAAUCUAUUCUUUGCUUUUAGAGCGUUCAUUAAGUCGACCACAAAUACGGAGACAAGGUUAUGAUGGAGCUAGUAAUAUGCAAGGAGAAAUCAAUGGGCUUAAGACGUUAAUCUUGAAAGAUACUCUUUCAGCUUAUUGCGUACAUUGCUUUGCUCAUCAAUUGCAAUUGACUCUUGUAGCUGUUGCAAAGAAACAUUAUGAUGUGGAUCAAUUUUUUGAUAUUGUUACUAAUGUCUUGAAUACUAUUGGAAGUUCUUUUAAGCGCAGAAAAGAUCGGAAUAUUGUAAAUGCUAUGAAGUUCAUUGGUUUUGCCAAGAGCCAAUUGCAAUCAAUGAGAGAGUCUAAUUGGGAAUCUUUGAUAGCCGAUGCCUCUUCAUUUUGUGCCAAACAUGGUAUUAUGAUCCCUGAAAUGGAUAAGAACAAUCAUCUUGGAAAGUCAAAGCGUAGGAGUUCAAGUGUGAUAUACUCUCAUCAUUUGCGUAUAGAUAUUUUUAAUGUUGUCAUUGAUUUGCAGCUUUCAGAACUUAAUAGUCAUUUUGAUGUAGUGAAUAGUGAUCUACUUCUUAGUAUGGCUAGUUUGAGUCCGGAUAAUUUUUUUGCAAAUUAUGAUAAAGAAAGAAUUAUGAAGCUUGCUAAACUUUAUUCUCAUGAGUAUAGUAUUUCCACGCUUGAAGAUCUUAGCUACGAUCUUGACAACUAUAUUCUUUAUGUAAGAGAAGACCGUAAUUUGUCUAACUUGAAAGGGCUUGGAGAUCUUUCAGAAAUACUAGUUGAAAUAGAGCUGCACAAGACUUAG